AUGGCAAAUUGGAGGAAAAAUUUUACAAAUGUGCCACCAACUACCAAAACAUUAGCAUCUAUUUUAGUCAUAGUUUCAAUUUUUGGAGCAAUAAGCACAUUUAAAUGGCCAACCGGAGACAAUAUAUUAUCGAAUCUUGUAGUAGUUCCAGGAGUAGCAAUAUCAAAAUUUUGGACAUUUCUAACAGCUGGAUUCCUAGAAACUCACCUUAUCACAUUUAUUGGAGAUGUUCUAAUGUUAUUGGGAUGUGGAAAAUAUUUGGAGAGAAUUUGGGGAUCAAGAGAUUUUUUGAAAUUUGUAAUGGUUAUAAUAAUUGGAUUAGCAUGUGGUUUUUUAGUAGCAUUGAAACAAUUAGACCCUGAGCAUUUAGUAUUUAAGAGCUUAUUCUCUAUAAGAAUUAAAGUAAGUGGUAAUGGAAUUAAAGGUGAUUCAAGUGAAACCUUUUCAUUUGCAAGUUUCUUUCCCGAGUUCAUCCAACAGCUUGUGAAAGCAGUAAGAAAAGUCCCCAAAACAACUGCCAAUCAGUUAUCCAAACAACUUGAAGAAUUAAACAUUAUAGCAAGAAAAAAAGAUUAUUUUGGUGUCAUGCAAGAAAAAAUUGGGGAAAUGAAUGAUGAGAGUAGGUUCUUAUUAUUUCAAAAUGAUUCAAAUGAUUGGGUUUGGAGAAUGGCAGAAGACAAAUAUAAAAAAAAUUAUUUAAGUCCAACAGUAAAACAAUCUGAUGGAAUUAUGGUUUGGGGUUGUUUUACAAGAAGAAAAAUGGGUCCGUUAGUAUUAGUUGAAGGUAAAUUAAAUGCAAGUAAUUAUAAUAACCUUCUUGCAGCCAAUUUAUUACCUUUUAUUAACGAAUUAAGUAGAGAAGAUCGCCAUAAUGAUGGUGAUGGUGUAUUUAUCUUUCAAGAAGAUAAUGCACCAUGUCAUAAAGCAGCUGCUGCAAACAUAUGGAAAGAAAAUAAUAACGUCAUG